GAAAUUCGUCGUCGUAUUACUGGCAUCGAUCGCCGCUUCGUCGGGAUCGAGCGCUCCGUCGCGUCCCGACGGCCCACAAGACCAGGUCCAGGUGACCCAGGCUGUAGGCCAGCAUCCCGGCGCGCGGAGCCUGCGGGGCCGUCAGAAGCGCCGCCCCUGCGCCAAGUCCAUCGCGACCUACUGCACCACCGAGAAGAACGCGGCGCGUUGACCGAGUCCGAAACUCGCGACCUGUUGACAACUCACCCGUCGACGUCCACGCAGGCCGCGAAGCAGGCCUGCCUCCGCGCGAAGCUCGGCACGAACAGCCUCGACCCGCGCUGCGAGGCGCUCGUCGCCGGCCGCGCCGCCGCGCUGAAGGCGUGCCGCCCCGUCGCCGCCGCGAUCGGCUGCGCCCAGGGCCCCGUGCCGAUCGCGUGCAUGCAGCGCCGCUACCGCAAGGCCGGCGCCGACACGCUCCUGGCGGGCACGGCGUGCGCCCUAGCUCUCGACCGCCUCGCGGGCCACAAGGCCGCGAGCCAAGCGUCUAAUCGCGCGGCCGACGAGCGCCAGGCUCGGAUCGCCGCGAUCCUCAAGGCGAUGCCGCCCGCGGAGGCCGGCGGCAUCCGCGGCGAGCACGCGCGCCUCGUGGCCGCCGCUCAUCUCGCGGACCAGGAAGCGCGCGCCACGACGGACUACCUCGCCCGCGGCUACCCGUCGUCGACGCUGCCCGACGGCACGCACGUCAAGGCCACGAGGGUGGGGCACGGCUCGGGCGGCGCCCGCCGGUCCCCCGGGGCGUCUCCGGGCCAGGGCCUCGGCUCGUCGCCGUGGCCGGACUCGCUCUUCCAAUCCAGCCCCGAGCUCGCGCAGCUACUCCAGGGCGGCAUGGGCGGCGCCGCGUCGUCGUCGCCGUGGGACCCGGCCGAGGUCCGCUCGUGGUCCGACCCCGCUUAUCGCAAGCACCGCCGCCACCACAAGAACGCGCUCCAGAUGGUCGGCGUCUGA